AUGGUCUCUCACAGUCUUCUGCGCGACUUCAAUGGCGUGGCCAGAGCCAUCGGGGAGUCCCCCAAGUUGGAUCGCGCCAGCAACCCCAUCCCAAUCGGUCUUCCGGAGGACAAGGACACGAUCUACGUCGUCUGGGUAGGGCGCUGCAUAGGGUUAUUCUACAACUGGGGCCUCGCUCAGGCGAUGACGUGCGGCUUCUCCGGGUGUGCGUUCAAGAAGUACCUCAGCCUCAAGGACACCCUGCUGGGGUGGUUUCAAGGCCCCAUCCGUGCUCAAGGAACCUGGAAGGUCCCCAAGCCUUGCCCCCCCAUCUACACCAUAGGCCCGCCGCCCGAUCCCACCACUUCCGCCGCUAAGAAUGAUCCCCCCGCCCCCGAAGUCGACGUUGCACCUCAGACCCCGCCCAGCAUCCCCGUUGAUCUUCCGCCUGAGAGCCCCAACUUCGAAGAGGAAUACUGGGAAAGCGACGAGGAUGCCGACGAGUUCCACGACCCCGAGGAGCCUCCCUCGACGCCGAGUCCUCCUGCCUCGCCAACUCUUGUCCCGGCCCGCGGCGUCUCCCUGCGCAACUACAUUGAGUCGCAGAAGACCGCUCCACCGGCGUCCCCGUCCAUUGCCACUGCCUCCUCGUUUCCCCUCUCCUCCAUGCUCACCGACGGCACAAUCUCGCCGAACACCAUCCAUACACCCCUGCUUGCCUCGCCGGUCUCGCUGGGCAGCCCGUUUAGCUCCCUGCACUCCUUCAGUCCCAAGCCCGUCCUUCACGGCUCCUCUCCCCUGCGCGGCGGCGCUAGCACGGCGCCUGCAUCUGCAGACCCCUUCGGGCAUGGCGGCCAUGCGGACCCCGGCGCUUCCUCUCUCGGCGCCCCGCCCCGACGCGCCCGGAUAGUUUACGUCGUCGUCCGCGGCGAGAAGCCCGGCAUAUAUUUCGAUAAGAACCUCGCUCUCCAGAUGGUCGGCACGAAGCCCGGCAUCAAGAUCGUGAAGUUCCCGUCCUUGAGCCGGGCCGGUUGGUAUUUCGGGCUGGAGUACAUGGCGGGGUGCGUCGGAAGGCCCGUGCUCACAGGCGACGGAAAGCCCGUGCUCGCAGACGAUGGAAGGCCCGUCCUCACCGACGCCGCUGAGGGGACCGAGGUUUAG